AUGUCUUCUUCCUCCCGCGACACCCCGCGGCUCCGUUUCGGUCUGAACCCGCUCAUGACGGCUUCGCUGGGCUCUUCCUCUCACAACCUGCAGCCUCACGGCACACCCAUCUCGGCCCUCUCCAUGGCGUCCUCUCACCUGGUGUCGGCUCAGACGCCGGGGAGCGCCAUCCAACCUUACAACCCUCAGGAAUGGGUUGCAUCGCCUGCACAGACCGUGGACCGCCAAUCGUCGUAUACUGCCGAACCGCAUGGUGAGCAUCCGACGUCUCCUCCAAUCGUCUCCGCCGGCUAUGCGUAUCAGCAGGUAGCUAACAUGAUCUGCUCACCCGCCACGCAGUGUCAGGACCGCCUCCGCCUCCGCCGCCUUAUAGCCCGCCGAGGGCAACGCCCCGCAAGCAUCGUCAUAGAUCACGGUGGCUCGCCUUCCAACGGAAGUCUGGCUCAGCCCCCGCCCAGGAUACCUGCCUCCAACAUACAGCCACCCGUCAGUCAAAAUUUCCCCCCACCUCCGGGGUCGAGAGGCGCCUCCCGUGAACGUAGGUUCGGUCUGCCAUCCUUUGGCCGACGCAAUCGAGACUCCGACCAGCCAGCCACUCCUGAGCCCCAUCACCAAACACGCCAGAGCAUGGGCCCGUCAUCGUUCUACUCGCCGGAACUGUCGCGGCCGUCUUCUACAGUCUCACACAGUGGUCCCCUAACCCCUCAAGCGGGCCCUCCCGGCGCGCGUAGAGCCGUGUCGGCCGGUGCCGUCGAGACGCCCACGUCGGCACGCUCACGCUCAGGAUCCCAAGUCCGGGGGGAGCUGGGCAUGGCUGUGCCUCCGCCGCCGCCGGGACCGCCGCCGGCCAGCUCGCGAUCACAGAGCGUCCAGGGCAUGGACCGCACGGCCGUCCCCAUAAUAUCGCCCCCGACACGCCGACCGCGACCUGCUGCCUCCACGCUCGGCCCCGUGCCGCCGACUCCGGCUGGCUGGGUCGAGGGAAGCCGCGAGCCGGAGCCGACAAUGGCGGUGGAUCGUAACCAUGCGGGCUUGACAGUCGACACCGAGACCGCCCAGACCGCCGCUAACGUUCCCGACGCUCCUGGCUCGUCCUCAAGCGCGUCCGGGCUGAACAGGGCCAAGGCUGUGCGUCACGACAAGACGAUACUCCAGAGGCGGACUGAGAGCCGCACGCGUCACGGAGAACGCCAGUCCAUGGAUGAGGGGUCUCGGCCUCACGGUAUUUCAGACAUCGUGGUCCCCAGCGGCUCGUCGAAUGGGGCCACCCCACCUCGUCCCCCAAAGCCGACGACACCUCGUGGCGGGCAUCCGAUCGAAACGCCGCAUACAGGCGAAUCUAGUACGACAGCCGAUUCGCGUAACUCGACACCCCGUACCGCCGGGACGAUGCAGAAUCCCAACCCGCUGGACACGGCCACCCCCCCUUUCUCUCCGUUCUACCCCAAGUCGGUGCCCAGGACGACUGCGGGCGCCUCCUCCUCCAGCGCAGCCCCAAAGUCACUGCCGACCCCGCCUCCUCAAGUGAGGUCGGCGUCGAGCUCCCACCCAAGGGACUCUUCACGACCGCCUGCGUCCCUGUGCACACCUAUAUCGAAGCACCUCGUCAUCACCCAGAGCGCCGAGCAGUUUGCCGCAGGUACGAUUGAACGGUUCCAGAGCUUCGCGGCCCACGAGGCCGUGGCCCAGACAGAUGCCGACCGUGUGCGCCUAUUCGCCGACUUCAUGGUCAACGAGUCACGGAUCCGUCGUGAAAGGUACUCGACCGCCAUUGGGGCUAUGGGGUCCGAGAUUUUCGACCUCACGCGCGACUUAUUCCGUCCUAUGAUGCCCCCCAGGACAGCAUCUGUCACAUCUCACGAUGAGUGGACCCCUCAAUCAUCGGAGCCGACACGCUCCCAGAGGGGCUCAUUCGGGGCCGUGCUAGCAGGCGAGGCCGGACCGAGCUCCGAACCCACCUCUGCCAACCGCCUGCCUCCGUCGCCGAGUACGAGCGGCCAAGCUCCCGUCAUGGGCUCGUCGAGCUACAUGCCCUCGCUCUCACCCAUCCUCAGCAUGAGCGUCAGCGACAAUCACGGCGACGGCAGCUCCCGGGGCAGGUCAUCUAGCCGCUGGUGGGAGGCCGACUCGCAAGGGGAUCCGUCGCGGCGCAUCGAGCGAUCUAAGCGAGAGUCCAAGUACAUGGGUCUUCCCAAGCACCAGUGGGCCGAGGCGGACCCCUCGGACUCAUCACACGACAACCCGUCCAACGACGGGUCGGGCUGGUCGGGAACCGAGUACCCGCCCGAGAAGACGGGGUGGCACGAUAAGAACGAGUCGGCGACUACCCCGCAGCCAUGGGCGGCCAGCUCGACGCAGACGCCGAUACGAUCGCACGAGCCCAUGGAGCGCCAAGCGCUGGACGUGUCUCGGCUGGUGACUCUACCGCCGCCUUACCCGCGGCACCACCCUGCCGUCAACAACAACCACCCAGAGCUGGCAUCGAUCCGGAACUCGGUGCGGGAGAUUAGCGACAUGUCGGAGCUGGAGCGCAUCAAGCAGGCCUUCGCCAAGGAGAGCUCGAAGCGGCGGGAGGAGUUCGAGGGUGCGGCAUCGGAGCGAUGGCGCAGUCUGCGGGCGAACCUGCACCAGGAAGUCAGCAGCGGCAACCUCGGGUACGCGGACGCGGGGGCCAUCGAGAUGGACUUCCGGCAGCAAGAGAACGAACGGAAGAAGGAUCUCGAGAAGAGCGAGUACGAGGCCUUCCAGGACCAGGUGGUGAUGCCGGCCAACGAUAUGCUGAGUCGGCGCAUCGAGACGGCGACGGAGCUGUACACCAACCUGUCACGCACGCUAUCCGACCUGCAGAACAACGACGCGGACAUGCCGCAGGAGGAGGGCGACGACCGGCCGGAGCUUCUGGAGAAGCUGACGCUACUAAAGUGGGUGUUUGAGGCGCGCGAGACGCUCCACCGCGCCAUCUACGACAUUCUGUCAGACCGCAACAACAAGUUCCGCGAGGUCGUGGUCCUCCCGUACCGGCUGGCGAACAACACGGAAAAGGCGACGAGUGCGGAGGCCUUCUUCGACGCGGACUCGCGCCAGCGGGAGAACGCCAUGGCACGCGAAGUGCUCGAGCGCACCCGCCACCUGGGCGUCGUCGUCGACGACGCCGUGCAGCGGGGCGUGGCCCUCCAGCUUUCGGCCUUCUGGGACAUUGCCCCGGCCCUAUCCGGCCUGCUGGAGUCUAUACCCCCGGACCUGGCGGGCUUCACCAUCCACGUCCCGCCGUCGGAGCUGGAGGAGAACCCGGCGUACGUCGACCACCCGAUGCAGUACCUGCUCACGCUGGUCCACCACACGGAGAAGAGCACGUAUCAGUUCAUAGAGGCGCACACCAACCUCCUCUGCCUGCUGCACGAGGUCAAGGAGGCCAUCGCCACGGCCGAGGCGAGGGUCGUGGCCACCCAGGUCGACAGUGCCGACGGCGCCGACGACGGCGGUGCCACCCCGACCAAGGCGGACCGUCAGGAGGCUGCCAGGGCCAUGCGCGCCGCAGAGGAGGUGCGUCUCACAGAGGACCUGCAGGACAAGGUGCGUCUCGUGCAGGAUCAGUGGGACAGUGCGCUCGCCAACAAGAUCCGGGCCGUCAAGGAGACGACGGCCGAGUGGCUUCUCGACACGGGUGGGUGGGACGAGACACUCAUCGAGGAUGGCGGUGCAAGUGUCUGA